AUGGUCGCAACCUUGUCAAACAAGAUCAAGACAUUGGGCUACCCAAGUAUAUCAGACGAUGCAAAUCAAAUAUGGGUGACCAUGGCGGAGACCAUUCGAAAGGUGGCAAAUGAGACAUUAGGGGUGUCGACGGGCAAACCAAAGGUGUACAAAGAGUCGUCGUGGUGGAACGAAGAAGUGCGAAAGAAGAUAAAGAACAAAAACAGGAGAUUCAAGGAGCUCAUGGCUUGCACGGAGGAGGAGGAUAAGACACAUAAGAAGGAGAGGUAUAAAGAAGCAAAAAGAGCGGCAAAGAAAGCAGUAGCGAAGGCAACGGAUCGUGCGUUUGAAGCCUUUUAUCAAAAGCCUGAUACUAAAGAGGGGGAGAAGUAUAUUUUUAAGUUGGCAAAAGUAAGAUCUAGGCAGAAAAAGGACUUAGGGACAAUGAAGUUCAUUAAGGAUGAAGGUGGACGAGUACUCCUUAGACAAGAGAACAUCAAGAUGAGAUGGCAUUAA